AUGGAGGACAGGAAGAGACCUGCCAUCAGCACUGCCGAUGACCUUGCUCCUCCCAGCAAACGCCAUCAGGUCAAUGGCAGCAGCAAGUCUCGUGAUGACGCCCUCGACAUGAAGGACGAGGCUUGGAUUGAGGCAUUUCAAAAAGAUGCAAUAUAUCGCCAGAUGCUCGAGUACAAGAGAGAGAAAACACAACUAGAGGCCCGUCUCGAGGAGCUUGGGAAGCAGUAUGAAUACUAUGACGCACAUUUGAGAACCAUCGAUGCGUGGUGGCUUCAGCUGUUGCAAGAGGUUGAGCUGGUCGCCGAAGGCACAUUUACGGACAAAUUCGAAACUCACGAUUUGUCACCGUCGAUCGGAUUGGGCUCCCAAGAUGGCCAGCUUUUCCAGAAACACCUGGCUGAGAACGGCAAGGCAAUCAAGUCAAUACUCGAAACUCUUUUCAAUCGGCUGGCCACACAUCGGGGCGACGUUAAGCCCGAGAUUGCUGAAAUGGAGUCCAAGAUCAAGUCUCUUUUGGCCGAGCAGAAGGAGUACAAGGUGCAGUUGGAAAGCCUCGCCCAUAAGAAGGAAGAGCUUUCAGCAAACCUUGAUGCGGCCAUGCUGCGCGUUGUCAAAGCCGAGAAGAAAUUAGAUCGCGCCAAGAGUGCACAAGUUCAGAAGCUGGAGCAGCAGGCUCUUGCUUCUUCGACAAGUCGGAGCGCCCCCGCCGCGGCAGAAAACGGCGACGACAAUGGUGACAGCAACGGUCAUGACGAAAACUUGCACAUGAAAUACCAGGAGGCUGUCGCUGCGUUGGCUAAGCAAAAGGAGCAGUUGGAAUCAGCAAUUUCCGAGAUCAAGGCCCUGAAGGAUGAGAACUCAACAUUGAAAAUUAAACGCGAGAGCGUUACGGAUGAAGAGUUCGUGCGAACGGACGUCUUCAAAGCUUUCAAAUCUCAGAACGAGGAUCUCAUCAAACGAGUCAACGAUCUGGAGGCCACCAACAAGCAGCUUCGCCUUGAGGCUGAGAAAUUGCAGGCUGAAAGGACGUCUUUCCGAAGUCAGCUAGAACGCGAGGCACAGAACGUUACGGCAGAUCUUGAGGAGCAGAUUCAGAUCAGGGAAACAGAUCUCACUCGUGUUCGAUCGCAGAGAGACGAACUUCUGGCUGACAAGGGCAUCCGUCAGGCCCAGCAGGAGCAGGAACGAACAUCCCUAGAGAAUAUCAAGGAAUUAGUUGGCGCCAAGGAGGACCGGAUUGCAGCACUGGAAAUGGAGCUUGAACGACUUCGCCCGAGCUCGGAUGCGCCCGCGUCCGAUACUCGCCCCGACCUCGAUUCGAUCACCGCGGAGGAGCUGCGAGAGAGAUUUUUGAAGUUGGAGAAGGAUUUCCAGUCGAUCAAUCAGGAACUGCCAUCUAUGGAGAAGGCAUACAAGCGUUCCAUGGGCAUUUCCAAAAAGAAGGUCAUGGACCAGCAUUUGGUGGAGGAGCGGAUGGCGGUUCUCAUACAGGAGAAGAGCAAGGCCGAUCAAAAAUAUUUUGCGGCUCGCAAAGAUGCGGAUAUACGCAACAACGAGAUCAGGACCCUUCGGCAGCAGAACGGCAAGAGCUCCGAAAUCAUUGCGGCACUCAAGGAACACGAUACACAGGCGCGCACACUGAUCAGCAAUCUGGAGAAGCAACUCACGGAUCUGAAGCAGUCUAAUGUGGCCAUUCUUGAGGAGAGUCGUGGUCUCAAGAUUUCGAGCGCCGAUGCCAUCCGACGGUCCGACAGCGUUAAGUCGCAAAUCACAGAGCUACAGAAUUUGGUCAAAGCCAAGGAUGUGGUGGCAGUCGCGGAGAAAGAAAAGGCGAACAGCCACGAGACCGAGGCUGAGAGGCUCAAGGUGCGACUGGAGCAUGCUGAGAAGGACCUAGAGACAUGGAAAAAGAAGGCCUUCGGCAAGUCCUCGAGCGAGCUUAACGAUCUCAGACAAAUUGCUCUAUGUUCAAUCUGCCAACUGAACCCCAAGAACUCCAUGCUCAGGACCUGCAACCACAUCUUCUGCAAAGAAUGUGCGGAGGCACGUCUCACUAAUCGGAUGAGAAAAUGCCCGAACUGCAGCAAGCCAUAUGACCGGCCAGAUAUCGUGCCUAUCUACCUGACCUGA